AUGUCAUCCCGCGCUGCGACCGCAGCGUGCAAGCCAUGCCUAAACAAGAAGUACCCGCUGCGGAAGCAGCUCCUGCUGAGCUUCCUCGCCCUCGCCGCGGUAAGCCUGCUGCUGGCCCUCGGGGUGGUCAUGGGCACGACGGCCUACAUCGGUGACAAGGCUGAGUCCGAGGCCCGCGACAGCCUGGAAGCCCAGAUAGAGCGGCACCUCAGGGACGCAAGCGUGGAGGCCGCGGCUACAAUCGGAGAGAGGUUCCGGAAGAUCCAGUACGGGGUGCUCGACGUCUCGGCGCACGCUCUCAGGGACGCCCUCCAGGAGGACCUCAUCCUUGCCGGGGGAGAGGAAGGGUACCCCCUUUCUCCGGCCCACACCGACCUCCGCGACAUCGAGAUCACGGAAAGCUCGGAAGCCAAUCUGGUGGGCUUCAGCCGACAGGACGUCCCCGUCGACCUCUCCCGCAGCGUCUGGUACUACGCGGACGCCGAGUCCAACACGGUCGAGGUUCCGGCGGACGAGCAGCUCAGAAUCAACCAGUCAGCCCGGCUGGACCUGCUGUGGCCGGCCAUGUACAUCAACUCGAACGACACCAAGGGCAUCCUCCUCGGCGUGGAGCUCUCUACCACCAGCCAGAUGUUCCGCUACUUCCCCGGCACCGACCUCAGCGCGGUGGAGGGCUCGGCCUUCGCGUGCGAGAACGUCCAGGAAGACGGGACCUCUCCUUGCUACAACCCUACCGAGCGCGACUGGUACACGUUGGCCGAGAACGCAGACAUGGAUCCGGAGACCUUUCUCGGGGAGGCGAUCGUCACCCCUCCCUACAUCGACGCCGUGGGGUCGGAGAACGACUGGCUCGUUACCCUAGCCCGGGCUGUGUACAGCAAUUCGGGAACGACCAGCGGCAGCCUCCUGGGAGUCGUCGGCGUGGACGUGCGGCUGGAGCAAGUGCAGGAGUCGGUGGAGGGCAUCAACUUCCUGGACACGGGAUACUCUAUCCUGGCGACGGCUGAUGAAGGAGUAGUGCUGGCAGCGGGGGCAGCGUGGGACAGGGACACUGCGGAGGACGUCACGACGGUGUGCGAGCUCGGGAACGGCAUCUGCUCCGGCGACGAGGGCGACGGCUGGGAAGACCUGCUGCUGGAAACCGAGAACGGCGGCAUCAAAACCUUCAAAGCCGUGUCUACCACCGGAGGUGGCGACGAGGAAGGGUCGAUCCUCAUCGCCGCCCCCAUCAUGACCACGUUCGGUACGGCCGUUUCCGGCGGCGAGGGCACGGUGACCCACUACAUCCUGAGCGCCGUUCCGCGGGACGAGAUCUUCCGACCGGUAGACGGCAUGGCGGAUUUGAUCCAGGAAAGCACCACGGAGAUCAUCGUCACGACGGCCAUCGUCGCCUGCUUCACCCUGGUCGCCGUGGCUCUCUCCGUGUGCUUCCUGGCCGGCUCCAUCACUGGCCCCAUCGUCAAGAUGACCAAGGCCGCACGCAGCAUCGCCAAGGACGGGGCGAAGACCGACGUCUUCGGCAGUGUGGCGGCCACAUGGGGCGCCAGGAGAGACGGGAGCAGCGGCGGUGGCGGCAGCAUUGACAGCCGAACCGCGGGGCGCUACACGAUGAACCGCACCGCUUGCCUGGACUACCUCCUCUGCCGGGGAGACGACGAGAUCUCCACCCUCGCCAGAGAGUUCCAGCUCAUGAUCACCGGGCUCGGGAGGCGGGGGGCGGCGGCGGAGGCGACGGGUCUGGCGGAGGCCUCGGCGUACCCCAAGAACCCCUUCACCACGGAGUUCAUCAGGCCGCCCCCUGUUAACCCGACAGCGCCCGACGCCACACCCGACCGGCCCAGCGCGCCCGGGCAGGCCUCGUGAAGAGGAAGACGAACGUGUGGCCCUCACACCGCCGUUUUCUGCUGGGUGUGUGUGCCGC